AUGUUACAGCGAUUGAUUUUUUCUCAAUUUUCUCAUUGUCGAUUUUUAUCAUCGGUACCUGCAUGGCGUGAAAAAAUUUCUCAGGGCCCUUCAUUAAAAUCUUUUAUUGAACAAACAGUGAAUCAAGCGCCUAGUGAACCAACAUUACCACCAUAUUUAACACAACAUAAUAUCGAUGAUUAUGAACCACUUGAUCCAUUGAAACAUCCGAAACGACGUGUUUAUUUCGAUGUAUACGGUUGUCAAAUGAAUGAUAAUGAUACUGAUAUCGCUUAUACAUUUUUGGAUAAACAUGGUGGUUAUGAACGUGUUAGCAACGAAGAUGAUGCUGAUAUUGUUUUAUUAAUGACAUGUAGUAUUCGUGAAGGUGCUGAACAAAAAAUUUGGAAAAAACUUCAAUCACUGGGAAAUAGAAAACGUACACGUUCCCCGUACGCUCCACCAUUUCAAAUAGGUGUACUUGGAUGCAUGGCUGAACGUUUAAAAGAGAAAUUAAUUGAACGUGAAAAGAUUGUCGAUGUGGUUUGUGGUCCAGAUGCCUAUCGGUCAUUACCUAAUCUUCUUGAUCAAACACUGUUAAUGUCUGAUCAAAAAGGAAUUAAUACCGUUUUGUCAUUAGACGAAACAUAUGCUGAUAUAACACCACUUCGAUUUGAUAUCAAUAAUCGACGAGCAUUUGUAUCGAUUAUGCGUGGAUGCAAUAAUAUGUGUACAUUUUGUAUCGUACCAUUUACACGUGGACGAGAACGAAGUAGACCUAUGAGCAGUAUUCUAGAUGAGCUUCGCUAUCUAGCUGAUCUUGGAAUAAAAGAUGUGACUUUACUGGGUCAAAAUGUGAAUAGUUAUUGUGAUAAAUCUGAAAUGAAUGUAUCGUUACAUACAACGAAAUCUUUAUCUCGAGGAUUUCGUGAAAAUUAUAAAACAAAUAUAGCCAAAGGCUCUAUUCGUUUUGCAACUCUACUUGAUCAAGCUUCACAAAUUUCACCGGAGCUUCGUAUACGUUUUACGUCACCACAUCCAAAAGAUUUUCCUGAUGAUUUAUUAUACGUAAUGCGUGAUCGUUCAAAUAUUUGUAAAUCCAUACAUCUGCCAUGUCAAAGUGGUAGUACACGUAUGCUGGAAUUAAUGCGACGUGGUUACACAAAAGAAUCUUAUUUAUUAUUAGUUGAACAUAUACGUUCGAUUAUGCCUGAUUUAUCUUUUUCGUCUGAUUUUAUUGCUGGUUUUUGUAGUGAAACUGACGAUGAUCAUCGUGAUACACUUGAUGUUAUUAAUCGUGUACGAUAUAAUUUUAUUUAUUCAUUUCCAUAUUCAAUGCGUGAAAAAACCAAAGCACAUUAUCAUUUAAAUGAUGAUAUUCCGCCGGAUAUAAAAUCACGUCGACAUUUAGAAAUUCAUGAAUUAUUUCGACAUCAUGCGCAUUUAAUUAAUCAGUCAUAUAUAGGUCAAACACAAUUAUGUCUCGUUGAAGGACCUAGUAAACGUUCGCCAGAUACUGAAGUCGCUGGAAGGAAUGAUUAUAAUACGAAAGUAAUAUUCUCUAAACAAUUAUCUGAAAGCAAUGAAAUAUUUCAACCGGGUGAUUAUGUUGAAGUUCGAAUUGAUUCAGCAACAUCGCAAUCAUUAAAGGGCACAGCGUUAAAACGAAGAACACUUGCAGAUUUUAAUUCGUUAAAAAAUACUUGUUGUUAG